GGAAUUAUUGUAUUGAGGAAAAGAUAAACUGGGGAGAGUUAGGCGUUUUUGAGAGACUGUGUGUUUUUGGCUCUGAUGCUGACUUGCCUUGAAUGAUUCAUCUUUUACAGGGAUUAUGGAUUCAGUGUAUGCUUUGCAUUUCCCUUCGUCAUAAAAGCAAUGACAACUAGUUUAUCACAGAAUGGCCAUGAUGUAUUAUAUCUUUUAAAAAUACGUUAAGAUUUUUUCAUUUCAAAUAUGUUUAUAAUACGAUUUCUAGUGGGCGUUAUCACUAUAAUUUUUACAUCCAAUGAGCAAACAAUACACUCUCAGAAACCCGCCUCCUUGUGGUUGCCAUGCCUACAAUAUAGUUCUCCCUCAGUAGUGAUUGACGUUAGAUUCAGUCAAUGAGGUCAGUGGUAGGCGGGAGUUUGUUAUCGUACUGAACUGCCUGGCGAAUUUCUCGCUACUAUUAAAUCUCCCUGGGUACACGCUUCGUUUGGACCUAGGCAGGUGAAUGAUUUGGAAUGGAUAAUGUACUAUAAAGGUUAUCAGGAAUCCACGAACAGAUCAUUUUGAACCCAUUUGAGCAACGAUGGCCUUCUUCCAGAAUAACUUCUGGGGGGAGAAGAACGCCGGCUUCGACGUGCUCUACCACAACAUGAAGCACGGCCAGCUCGCCACCAAGGAGCUGGUGGAGUUCAUCAGAGAGAGGGCUGCCAUCGAGGAGACCUACUCCAAGUCCAUGAGCAAGCUGGCCAAGAUGGCGUGCAACGGAAGCCCUCUGGGGACCUUCGCCCCCAUGUGGGACGUGUUCAGGGUGUCGUCCGACAAGCUGGCUCUCUGCCACCUGGAGCUGAUGAGGAAGAUGAACGACCUCAUCCGGGACAUCAACAAAUACGGGGACGAGCAGGUCAAAGUUCACCGGAAGACCAAGGAGGAGGCGGUGGGGACUCUGGAGGCCGUGCAGGCCGUGCAGGUCCAGAGCGGCCACCUGCAGAAGGCCAGGGAGGGCUACCACAGCAGGUGUGUGGAGCUGGACCGCCUCCGCAAGGAGGGAGCGCCUCACAAGGAGCUGGAGAAGGCGGAGAUGAAGUCGAAGAAGGCGGCGGAGGUGUUUGCGGCGUGCGUCGAGAAGUACAACCGUGUGGGAGGCGACUUUGAGCAGAAGAUGACAGAGUCGGCCCAGAAGUUCCAGGAGAUAGAGGAAGCCCACCUGAGGCAGAUGAAGCAGCUGGUGAAGGCAUACUCCCACUCGGUGGAAGACACGCACGUCCAAGUGGGCCAGGUCCACGAGGAGUUCAAGCAGAACGUGGAGAACAUCGGCAUCGAGAACCUCAUCCAGAAGUUUGCGGAGCAGAAGGGCACAGGCAAAGAGAAGCCAGCUCCGGUGGGGUUUCAGGACUACAUGACCGCUCUGGUGCCAGAGGGAAUUAAGAAGAGUCGAGGGAAGGCCUUCAGGAUCCCUGGGCUGGGCAAGAGGGAGAAAGAGCCCGACUCUACGGAUUCCGCCGUGAUGGAAACCCCGAACUCACCCCUGGAGGUGGACGACGAGGGUUUUGUCAUCCGAGCAGACUCCAGCCAGAACGGCUGCUCUGAGGACAAGGAGAACAACUUCUACUCGAGCGACUCGGACUUUGACGACGAGGAGCCCAAGAAGUUCCACAUCCAGAUCCGUCCGGUGGGCGCCCGUGGCAACCCGGUCGCCACGGAGAAGGAGCUGAAGGCCACCGUGGUGGCUCUCACGCUGCCCCCCAACCGAGGGGUGUCAGUCAAGCGUCAUCUCUCUAGAAACUCCAGCACCACCGGGGGACGGUCCGAAGGGGAGGGAGAGGGCGCCCCCAUCGGGGAAGGAGAACCCGACGGCCUACGCCGAUCCACCUCUAGUCCUGAUCACAGCAGGUUGCGUCAGACUCCAGGUGCAGACAGCCUCUUCGGCCCCUCCUUGGAGUCAACCUUCAAGUCGAACAGCUUCGCCGGCAGAGAGCAGCUGAAGAGAGCUCUGGGAGUCUCGUCUGAAUACGCUGCCUUCUCCUCCGACUCCUCCUCCCCUGAGAACGUGGAAGACUCCGGUCUGGACUCGCCUUCCCAUCAGCCCCUGGGGCCCUCCCCCGAGCCGGCGGGUUGGGCGGCGUGGCCGGCUGCGGCUCACAGCAAGGAGAAACCAGUGCUGGGCAGGCCCACGGACCCCUUCCUCGCCCCUUUCCGGGAGCCCUCCCCCGGACGCAGCCCCCACCCCCUGGACGACCCGGCCAGCGUCUGGGGUGCCGGGCCUCGGUCUCCCCGCGGCCCCCCUGACCCGGAGCCCUCCACCCUGCGCGCCCCGGCCUUCUCCCAGGCCCCUGCCUUCUCCCAGGCCCCUGCCUUCUCCCAGGCCCCGGCCUUCUCCCAGGCCCCUGCCUUCUCCCAGGCCCCGGCCUUCUCCCAGGCCCCUGCCUUCUCCCAGGCCCCGGCCUUCUCCCAGGCCCCUGCCUUCUCCCAGGCCCCUGCCUUCUCCCAGGCCCCUGCCUUCUCCCAGGCCCCUGCCUUCUCCCAGGCCCCUGCCUUCUCCCAGGCCCCGGCCUUCUCCCAGGCCACGGCCUUCUCCCAGGCCCCUGCCUUCUCCCAGGCCCCUGCCUUCUCCCAGGCCCCUGCCUUCUCCCAGGCCCCUGCCUUCUCCCAGGCCCCUGCCUUCUCCCAGGCCCCGGCCUUCUCCCAGGCCCCUGCCUUCUCCCAGGCCCCGGCCCCCUCGGAGAUGGAGCCCAGCGUGUGGAACUGCAAGCUUAUCCCCCCGGAGGACCCCUUCCUGGCUGCCUUCGAGCGGACGGCCCCCCUGGAGACCCCGCCCCACCCCGACGCCUGGGCCCCCCCGCCCCCGCGCCUGUCCCGGGAUGGCAGGGGCCUGGAGGCCCGAGGGGGAGACCCCUUCUCCGUCUCCCUCUCCUCCGACAGCAAGACCCUCCCCUCCUCCUCCGCCCUGCGCAGGGACAGGGACAGGAAGCGGGACCGCAGCGUCCCGCCCCCAGACUCUCCCGACGACCCGUUCGCCAUCACCAUGAUUGGCAGUCCCACCCACCAAUCGACGCUGGCCGCUGCGGCAGCGGUCCUCCCCCACAGCAGCAGCAGAUUAGUCCCUACCUCAAGCUCCGCCCCCGCAGCCCAGCCCAAGAAGGAGCCGGUUCACUGGAACUCAGUCCACAACCCCUUCAGCGAGGGGGGGGCAGUGGGCCCCCAGGCCCCGGGCGGAGGGGGACAGGAGGGGGGCAGGAAGCAGCGGGCCCCCGUCGCGGACAGCGAGCCACGCAGGAACGCCCCGCCUCUCACGAGGCAUUCUGGGCCGCAGGAGGACCUGUGCUUCUCUACGGACAAGGACCAGGACUGUCUGGACCUGAACGCACAGCCGGCGUGUAGCAGGAGCUCACACAAAGGCUCCAAGCACAACUUCAGGCAGGACAGCGCUGAGCUGCUGGUGGCUGCUCCUCCCAGAACCACCCGGGCCAAGAGGUCGUCCGGGCGACUGAGCGGCUGUGAGAGGUCUAGGUCUGUGUGCUCCUCCCCCCUCCCGGAGCCCAGCCCCCCCCUCACCACCUCCUCCUCCUCCUCCUCCAGCCCCAGUGAGUGGGGGGCUCAGCCCCACGCCCCCAGCCCCGCCGGGGGGGGCCAGCCCUCACCCCUGCCCUACCAGCCCCAGGAACACCCCCGGAGCCACUUGCACCUGUCUCGCGGGCCGAGCCCCAUCUCCCUGAGUACCCAGGAGGCGUGGCCUGUGGCUGCGGCCAUCACAGAGUACAUCAACGCUUACUUCAAGGGUGGACAGCACAACCGCUGUCUGGUGAAGAUAACAGGAGACCUUACCAUGUCCUUCCCUGCUGGAAUCACUCGCAUCUUCACUGCCAACCCCAACGCCCCCGUGCUCAGCUUCCGAUUGGUCAACAUCUCUCGAUUGGACCACUUCUUGCCCAAUCAGAAACUGCUCUAUAGCGACCCGUCCCAGAGUGACCCAGACUCCAGGGACUUCUGGUUCAACAUGCCGGCCCUGAACGUGUUCCUGCAGAGGGAGGCGGAGCUCAGCCCGCAGGCCUCCUACUACAACGUGGCCGUUCUCAAGUACCAGUCCUCCUCCCAGGACCCCGGCCGCGCCCCCCUCCUGCUGUCUGCAGAGUGCCAGCGCAGUGGCACCGUCACGCGGGUGUCCCUGGACUACCACUGCUGCCCGGCCACCGCCCCCUCCACCCAGCUCACGUCCGUCCAGGUGCUGCUGCCCCUCGACCACACCGCCACUGACCUGCAGUGCCAGCCGCCCGCGUCCUGGAACGCAGAGGAGAGACGUCUGCUGUGGAAGCUCCCCAGCAUCUCCCCCACCAACCACAGCAAAGGCUCUGGGACUCUGUGUGCCAGCUGGCAGUGCCUGGAGGCUCCCCGCGGCCCUGCACCCAGCCUGGCGGUCCAGUUUGUGGGCUCCGGAGCCUCUCUGUCGGGCAUGGACGUGGAGCUGGUGGGCAGCCGCUACCGGAUGUCUCUGGUCAAGAAGAGAUUUGCCACAGGGAAGUACAUGGCGGGCUGCUCGUUGUGAAGCAGGACGAGAGUUGGAGCACAGACCAUCUUUGGGACGUCCCGGAGAGAUACUGCACUUAGAAUCCUCUUGAACUGGAAACUGGAGGUAGAGGGAG